UUUGAGGGGCAGGAAAGCACUGAAGAAGGGGGAAUGGUUAGGGGAGUCCUAAUGGGAGAGAGGUUGGGGAGAAGAGAAGAAAUCUGAGGGAAGAGCUGAAUCCAGUGACCUCACUGGGCUGUGAGAAUACUGUUCACAACGUGCCCGAGUAAUAGAAGUCCUCCAUGGAUGUCAACUCACCUGUCAUGGUUUAAAGUGGAAGAAGCACUGCAGGCUGUCUCUGCCUAUGUGGGCCCUGGCAUGAUGGACACCAGAAAUGCCCAAAUGGACACCGAGGGUAGGACCACAGCUCCCGGGGUCCAGCCAAGCCCUGGCCCGAGGACUGCCAGGAAGAAGGCUGGUGUUGAGCCCGCUAUACCAGGAGUCAGCCAGGUCAUGUUUCCAGAUACUGCAGAAACGGGCAGUGGGAAGCAGCCCUCAUCAGCUGCAGGAGGGCCACAGGAGGAGUCCGGACACAGAGAAGUAUACGAGGAGGGACCUCCGGACCUCAGGACCCAGGAGCAGAGACCUCCAAUGAAGUCAGAGGUUCCUGCAGCACCCGAAAGGCUACAGCAGCCAGGAAAAGGGGCCGAGGACCAGCAGAGGAGGCAGCAGAACCCAGGGACUGCAGAGGGUCAGCCACCCAAGAGCUGCCAGGGCCCAAAGUAUCAGUCCCCCCCAGGUCACCAGGCAGCAAAUGGGUCAGACACGGUGCAGCCCACAGAGCUUCCUUGCACCCUGGACGGCUGUGGACACCCACUGGUAGGCGAGGCUCCCAACGAGGCAGGCAGCCCACACAUCAGGCUGCAGGGGGCUCUGCUGGAACCUGGCUCAGGGGAACAGGAAGAGGACAGCGCCCAGGAACAAAUGCCCCUGACACCUGUGGUGACUCCAGAGGAAAAGACGGCCAGCUCCUUCCUGCCAUCCACAUCAAGGUCUAAAACGCCCAGAGAAAGGAGUGAGGCCAUGGACACCCAGCCAGCAUCAAGGCCUUCUCCUCCGCCAGGCUUCAUGAAGUGCUUGCUGGAGGUAGAGGAGGAAGAGGCCACCCACCGGAGAGCCCUGAAGGCCAGGACCCUGACAGCCCGGAAGUCCUCGAGGAUCCUCACCUCUGUACCCACCUCAGUCCCCUUUGGCAGCUCAUCCCCAAGUCUGAUUCUGACCCUGCCUCAGACCUCCUUCUCAGCCCCUCCCACUGUCCCACUGUGGGCCCGGCCACCAGUCCCUGGGCCAGCCCCUUCUCCUGUGGGAGCCGUGGUCCAGGCCUCAAUGCCCGACCCAGCCCUGUCUGUCCCCAUGGACCCGGGCUGGAGAAGGACAGAAGUCUUGUACCUGAGCGACGAGAGGAGCCUGAGCUACGCCAAGGCACGGCGUAACCUCAUGAAGUUGUAUCAGAACUGGGAGGAGAGGUCGGAGGAGCACCUCACCCUGAAGCAGGAGGAAGCCUUCCGCAUCUACUUCGAGAUCUUCGAUGGCCCCGGAGAGGUGGACGCUCAGAGCCUGGAGAAUAUCCUGCUCCUGGUGGGCUUCUCUGUGACACCAGCCCAGGUGGAGGACGCUCUGAUGAGUGCCGACGUGGACGGAGAUGGUCACGUGGACUUCAGAGACUUCUUGGCUGUGAUGACAGAUACCAGGCGCUUCUUCUGCUCUGUAGAACAGAACACCCUGGCAGACAUGGCUCCCCAGAACCCCCACACUCUGCUCUUUGAGAUCCUGUCCCUGCUGGUGGAGAUGCUGGCCUUACCGGAAGCAGCCUUAGAGGAAAUCACGAAUUACUACCAGAAGAAGCUGAAGGAAGGCACCUACAGGGUCAGAGAGAUGGAAUCAGCCAUUGGCCAGCUGCGGUCACGGAAGAAGCUUCACUACAACCUUCAGCAUACAGAACUGGAAAUCUCAGAACGAAGGGUCUUCAGGAUCCUGAACCGGCUAAAGCCGCAGAACUAUGCCACCAACCUGCAGAGCCCUUACGCCCAGGUGCCCUGCAUCCCACUCUGUCCUCAGCUGGACAAGAAGAUGGUCCGUCGGAAGCAGGGCAACCACUACGUGCUGGAUCAGUGUCCUCCCGCCAGCCUGGGCCCCGACAUCCGUAGCCGCUUCUUCCAGCCAGGACCUCAAGGAAGCAGGGAAAACAGCUCUGAUGGCAAAAAGUGGCUCAGCUCCGUGCCAGCACGAAUGCACUGACGGCUGGAGUCCUGACUAGGCAUCUGCCUGAGGCCUGCACACACAUGGGUCACCAGGCAAGGGCUGCUGCUGGAGUUCGCCUUUGGGGCCUGGUAAGCCAAUAAACACCAAGAACCUCAGCCUCUGUGUCAGGUGCCACAGAAGGUUCCAGGUUUCGCCCUCUAUGUCAGCUCUCGAGUACACAGGGUUUGAGAGGCCUUGAGGCAGGACUUACCUCAAAGCCCUGUCCAGGGCUGGGGUUCCUGCUGCAGGUGACCUGGGUACACUCAAAACACAGACUUGGGCCUCUCCUCCUCUAGACUGAGAACCCCACAAAGGCAGGAAUCCUCUAAGGGGUGUGGACAUAAGGGAAGUAUCUGGGAAAGACCUUGCCCCUGAGGUGGCAGGCCCUUGGGAAGCACAGGAGGCAGCUUCAGCCAUGUCCUCUUCCAUAGAACCUUAGGGCCCAAGAUUCUCCCUCCUUCAGAGGCUAAGGAGUGGGUCCUUACCCCUCAGCCCACGUACCACUCACCCUACGGAACUGAGCAGAGGUAGCUCCCCAGGGUUAAGGAGUUAGGAGGCCAGGGACUGAAAUGAGGACAAGGAUCUGACAAGUUUAAAACAUGUAUUUAAAAUACAAUUUAUAAAAUGCUUAAUCUGCCGACACAGGAGCCCGCGAUGCGGGGUGGGGUUGGGGUGGGCAGCUGCCCGCUACACCAGCAGAGCAAGACUGCGGGGUGCGGCCCUCUCUCCCAUGCCCUUCUGUUCAGACACCCAAGGGGCCCAUGUGCACCCCUGGGAUCACACGACUAGAAAACAAGACCCCAGAGGUUUCUUGAGUCUCUGUUUACCAGGGAGGCUGGGGGCAGCCCUGCCGGCCCAUCCCUGAGCAGAGCACCCCCAGAUGGGGCAGAGCAGGGUAUGGCUGGGCUGGGCAGGGCAGGGUUGGGCGGGGCAGGUAGGCUCUGGAAGGGGCUGAUGGUAGCAGAUAGGGUGUUGCCUCCUGCCUGCAGGUGGGGAGCACCCUGAUUGAGUGGGCUGAAAAGGGCUGGUCACCAGGCCAGGACCCCCAGCUCCUUUGGUUAUAGGCUGACAUCAGAGUAGUGGCUCAUGGGAAGCGGUUAGCUGGAAGGUCUGAGGCCUGGCUCUUGGGAUUGGGGAGGAGCUGGGGGAAGGGGACAGUACCACAAUGGCAGAUGAAGAGGCAGCAGCCUCAGGUUUCUGCCCCCAUCCCCCGGGAAAGUUUUCUAAGCCACAGCCUGCAACUUACUUUUAAAGAAGGAAAAAAAAAAAAAAAA